AUGCACGGCUUGAUCCACACCGUUUGGAAGAGCUACAUCGAGGAGAGACAUGGUCAGGAGGUGUGGGCGCAGGCUCUUCAAGAUUGCGGUGUGCAAGACGACACGGAAUUCCUUGAGUUCAAGCAGCACGAGGACAAGCUGACGCACCACGUCAUGUCGGCCAGCAUCCGGGCUGCCGGCAGCAGUCUCGAGGCCAGUUUGGAGCUCUUUGGUGCCUUCUUUGUGCAAUUCAUGGUUCGGCAAGGCUGGACUCAAUGGUUGCAAGCCAUGGGAAGCUCCUUGGAGGAGUUCGUGCAGAACUUGAAUGACAUGCACCAUGUUCUCGAACGUGAUUUUCGUUCAGCCUGCUUUCCGAUAUUUACUGCAUCCCGUUCUGAGGAGGGCGACUUCUUUCUGACAUACAGCUCCUCCAGGUUUGUCCCCAGCCUCACGAAAGGCGUUCUCCGAGAAGUAGCGGCAGUUCUCUACAACGUCCACGUGGACUUGCUGAAGACCGGUGGCGACGGGAAGACCGAGAUCACUUGGAAGGUGGUCCAAAGCAGCCUGAAAGAGAGCCCUUCGGUGGCCUCGCACCAGCCAACUUCGGCCCUGGCUGGUUUCAGCUUCUUCGAUCUGCACAAGGUGCUGGCCGCUGCAUGCCGUGGCACGGAUGUCUUCGGUGGCUGCUGUCGGCAGGAGGCCGAAGGGGCAGAGGUCGUCAUCGCAGCGCGGGAGCAGGUCGACACAAAAGACACCGAUGCUCGGUCGAGGCGCCCCUCUGACUGCCAAACGAGCUUCUCUUACAGUACGCUCGAUGAGGAUGUCGAUGUCACCCGGACAACCACACUGCAGGAUCCCGACUCCCUGCCGUCGGUUGCGAAGAUCCGUCAGAGGUUUCAGAUUCCCACAAGCUCCAGCGUUCUGCAGUGGCUUGGACGGCAGGAUGCCGACCGGCGCCUGGAGCUGGCUCGGAUGCUCCAGCGGGCGGUGCCGGCAGGGCGGGUGGCCUGUCAUUGGUACGAGCUCAGCAGCUGCAACGAUGCGGAGUACACGAGCUUCUGGAAGCCGCAGCUGAAGAGCGAGGAGUUCUACCUUUGGUCGGAGAGCUGCCGCAGCCAGGUCUCCGAGUCGGAGGAGCCUUCCAAAGUUACACCUCUGCUGGGCCACUCUGUAGUCAUGUGGUGUACGCAGGGCCUGGCGGACGAUGCCUCUGAUGGUGAGAUACCUUUGCGUUUUGUGAGCCACAGCUGGUGGCCCCCGCAGGACUGGCAUCAGGUUAUGGGCGAAAAAUGCAGCUACGAGGCCAUCAAGGCUGCUGAGCUCUGCAUUGCCGCGAAGGACCUUUCUGCCGAGUACCUCCGUGAUGCCAGUCGCUGGGAGGAGGCACGCUUCUGGAUCGAUAAGAGCUGCAUUCGUCAGAACGAUGAGGAGUUUAUGUCCUUGUCCAUCCAGCUCAUUGAAGAAUUCAUGCAGCUCUGCCACGGCAUGGUCGUGAUCUUCACCUGGUCAUACCUGGAACGACUUUGGUGCGUUUACGAGUGGGCGUGCUUCUUGGUGUUUCACGAGCCUCACGACAUGGUCAUCUGCGCCGAGUCCCUUUACCGAGCGGGCACGGAGGAGCGGUUCUUGGAGUCCGUCCGCCGCUUCUCGGUGGAGCAGAGCCAGUGCACCGAUCCGGAGGACCGGAAAGUCCUGGAGCAAAAGAUCAAAGAGUACUACGGAUGCUGUGAGAACUUCGAGCGAUUUCUCCGAGUCUCCGUGAUUGCCAUCAUCGGUCGUUGUUUGGCAGCUCGCGGGGCUCGGAACAAGACUGGCCUUUGCAACUGGGUCGCUUUGGCAGACGACUUGGGCUUCCAGGACCUGGCAGAUGGCCUGCGCCUUGCGGACCCGGCCGCCUGGCGGCAGCAAGCUUUGGACGAGGUGGAAACCAGCAACACGGAUUUGCAGAGCUGCAUCAAGGCACAAAGCGAUGCCUGGUUUGCCGACCACAUCACACCCAUCCUCGCCGCCGAGCGCCGGCGUGCUGUUCAGCGAAACGUCUUCCGAAGCAUGCUGCUCCGCAGGAACUUCGUUCGGAAAACACUGAGCGCCGCGAGCUGA